AUGUCUGCAGUUUUGUGGGCAUACACAACCUCUGUCAAAGUUAAUCCCAAACCACCCCUCUGUUUAAAACCAGAUCGGAUCAGCAUUCAUACUCUUUCAAAAAUUGAAUUUGAAACUCCAUUCAAGCAAAUACUCUCGAUCCAGGAUUCGCUUCCACCUCUCUGUGAAACCCUAAAGCGGACGCCUCCUAGCUAUCUGCUCUCAGUGGAAUCUAUUGGGAGCAUACAUCUCUCCAGAUCAUGUAAAAGCAUCCUUCCACUUGCAGUCUCAAUAUCCAAUCAAAAUCUUUCCAUCUCCCCUCAAUUGAAUUCUUAA